ACAAGCCGCUCAAAAAACGGCUAUCUUUCUUGCGCCGAGCGGAACGAAUGGCGAUUUUGGACACAUCAGCAUUCAGCAGAGAAAAACAGCUGCAUAUGCGCUAUGCUAUUUCUUAAAUGAAAACAAUCUACCUCCUCUCUUUCUUCUCCAUUUCUUUUCAACAAUGGAAUUUUUGCAGGUUGCUGGGAUCCGCGUAUCUCGAUCACUGGAACACCAACAACAAAAACAAAUGAAUUUCUCUCUCAGCUCUUAAUCUCUUUACAGCUGCAAGCUAGAACUUCUUUUUCUUUUUCUUGUACCAGGAAAUGAAGAAAUAGAUAUUCUGGCGUUGGCGGUGUUGUUAAGAGGGAAAUUUAUCUGUGUAGGGGAUUUUUAAAGGAGGAAACAAAAUAACAAUGAUGGCUGCUGCGAGGGAACAUCAUACGGUGCCGCUCUCGGUGCUUUUAAAGCGAGAAUUGGCGAGUGAGAAGGUAGAGAAGCCGGAGAUUUUAUACGGACAGGCUUGUCAGAGCAAGAAAGGGGAGGAUUUCACCUUGUUAAAAACUGAAUGCCAGAGAAUCGUGGGUGAUGGGAUUACUACUUAUUCUGUUUUCGGGUUAUUUGAUGGACAUAAUGGGUCUGCAGCAGCAAUAUACACCAAGGAGAAUCUACUAAAUAACUUCAUAGCCGCCAUGCCUCCAGAUCUUAACAGAGAUGAAUGGGUAGCAGCACUUCCAAGAGCUUUAGUUGCAGGGUUCGUCAAAACAGAUAAAGAUUUUCAACAGAGAGCUCGAACAUCAGGAACAACUGUCACCUUUGCAGUAAUCGAAGGAUUGGUCAUAACUGUGGCAUCUGUUGGCGAUUCCCGUUGCAUUCUUGAAUCUGCUGAAGGUGAUCUCUAUUACUUGUCAGCAGAUCAUCGGCUUGAAUGCAAUGAAGAGGAGAGGGAGCGCAUUACUGCAAGUGGGGGUGAGGUGGGACGACUAAAUACUGGCGGUGGUGCAGAGAUUGGCCCUUUGAGAUGUUGGCCUGGUGGCUUAUGUCUUUCGCGAUCUAUCGGGGAUGUGGAUGUUGGCGAGUACAUUGUUCCUGUUCCUUAUGUGAAGCAAAUUAAGUUGUCUACUGGGGGUGGUAGGCUUAUUAUCUCUAGUGAUGGUGUUUGGGAUGCUUUAUCUGAUGAAGUGGCUCUUGAUUGUUGCCGUGGGAUGCCAGUGGAAGCUGCAGCUGCACAAAUUGUUAAGGAAGCAGUGCAGGUGAAAGGACUUCGAGAUGAUACAACCUGCAUUGUGAUUGAUAUAGUACCACCAGAGAAACCAGCUGCCCCUUUGCCACCACCAAAAAAGCUUGGAAGAGGAGUAUUCAAGUCCAUGUUUCGCAAAAGGUCCCCUGAAUCUUCUUCUCAAAUUGAUAAGGAAUAUCUGGAACCAGAUGUGGUUGAGGAACUAUUUGAGGAAGGAUCUGCCAUGCUUUCAGAAAGGUUAGAUAUGAAAUACCCGCUUUGCAAAAUGUUUAAGCUGUUUAUAUGUGCAGUCUGUCAAGUAGAGAUAAAACCUGACGAGGGUAUUUCAAUACAUGUUGGUUCAUCUGAUUUUGGAAAAUUACGUCCCUGGGAUGGCCCUUUCCUUUGCUCAAGUUGCCAAGAGAAAAAAGAAGCAAUGGAAGGGAAAAGACCACCAGGAGAUAGGCAUAGCAGUGAUAGUGAUUAGCCAGCCAUCCUUGAUUUUAUUUGCUUUUGGCAAGCCCUGACAAUUGUUUCAGAGUUCAAGACAAAUGGAAAGAACUUUCUCACAAUAUUCAGCGCCCCCAACUUCUCAUGGGUGUCUGCAUUUUGACCUGUUUGUGGUGAACUUGAAGGAUUCACUUGGCUCUCUCCCAAUUGUUUCUGAGCUCGAAGUUGGAAGAUCAAAAUUAGAGCUGUUUGCUUUUUACAAAUCUGUUUCUGGCUUCAAAAUAACCGUUGUGCUCGUGGUACCCUAAAGAUCCAUUGAAGGCUUUGAUAAACUUAUGUUUUUCUGUCUGAAUCUGUUCCUGUGCGGUUCAUAGAGCUAACAUCAAAUGACAGUGGCCUUCUGAUGUAAUUUUGUUGUUAUUAUAGAGAAUUUGACUGAGUGCUGAAUACAGAUCCAUUACAAGUCAGGUACAAGCUUGUGUGAUUGGCCUGCUGGAUGAAUUUGUUCAUGUAACAUCAGGGUGAACCUUCCUUGGUGAAGUAAGUAGGAAGGUGAACUUCAGAGAUAGAAAACUUGGCUAUCAAAUUAUUAUUUUUUUAACAAUUGUCUCUAUAAUGUCAAUCAGAAUCCACUUCUUGUUGCUGUA